AUGGAAGGCGCAGGCGCAGCAGGGAGGACGAGGACGGCGGUGGGCGUGACCGGCGCGGGAGGCUUCGUGGCCUCGUGGCUCGUCGAGCGCCUCCUCGCCGGCGGCCGAUACGUGGUCCAUGGCACCGUCCGUGAUCCGGGCGACGCCAAGAACGCGCACCUGGCGGCGAUGGACGGCGCCGCGGACCGUCUGCGCCUGUUCAGGGCCGACUUGCUGGACUACGGCAGCGUGUUGGCGGCCAUCGCCGGCUGCGAUGGCGUCUUCCACGUCGCGUCCCCAGUCCCCAGCACCUACCCAGUCGGUGACCCCGAGGUAGAGCUGCUCGCUCCGGCCGUGACGGGCACCAUGAACGUCCUCAAGGCGUGCUCCGAGGCCAAGGUCAAGAGGGUUGUCGUGGUGUCGUCUUUGUCCGCCGUGAUGGUGAACCCUGGCUGGCCCCAGGACGAGGUCAUGGACGAAGCUUGUUGGUCUGAUGUCGAAUUCUGCAGAACCACUCAGAACUGGUACUGUCUUUCCAAGACACUGGCAGAGCUGGAGGCAUUUGAUUACGCGAAGAGAACCGGACUAGAUGUGGUGUCAGUCUGCCCAUCCCUGGUGAUCGGGCCCUUGCUGCAGUCGACAGUGAACGCAAGCAGCUCCAUCAUAGUCGAUUGCUUGAAAGGAGAUCAUGAGGUGAAACUGAAGCUGAGGAACUUCGUGGAUGUUCGCGACGUCGCCGAUGCUCUGCUCCUGGUGUACGAGACACCGGAGGCGUCUGGACGGUACAUCUGCGAUGCAAAUGCAAGGCAGGUGUCUGAUGUCAUAGCGCUGCUGAAGAACUGGUACCCUGCCUACAAUCAUGCUACCAAGUUUUUUCAGAUGGAAGACGAGAAGGGAGUCAGCUCCAAGAGGCUGCAGGCGCUGGGGUGGAAGUUCAGGGUGGUGGAGGAAACUCUGAGGGACACCAUCGACUCGUACAAGGCUGCUGGAAUCCUGAAGAACUGA